AUGCAGAACACAACCUGUACCGAGGACAGAAUUCAGCACGCUCUGGAGAGAUGUCUGCAUGGACUCAGCGUAUCGCCUGGCUCCUCCUCUUCCUGGACAGCCGGGCUGUGUCUGAAUUAUUGGAGUUUGGAGGAAUUGGUGAAUCGCGAGGCUGCCAAUCACAUUAUACUGGCGGAGAAGAUCCUGGACAGGACCAGAGAGGCCCAAGAAAAGUGUGAAUACGAACUCCUCGCCCCCUUGGCUCUGAUGUUCCAUUUUGCUGUUCUUUCGGCUCCCUGGAUCCCUAAAGAUUGUGACCUUCUUCUGAAAGCCUUCGAGACGUUCCACGUCUUCCUCACCUGGCCGGCUCCGUAUUGUGACAUCUAUCAGGAGCUCCUCAGCUUCAUCAGUGAAGAACGAAAAGCUCCAGGAAUUUCCUACCAGCGCCUGGUGAGGGCAGAACAAGGUCUCCUGACUAAAUCCUCCCUGCCCAGCAUCCUAACGGUGCUGUUGGUGAACCCAGCGGAGCUUCCGCGGGAGUUCCUAUCAGUUGUUGAACAUCUGAGUAACACAGAGCAGAGUGCUGAGAACAAUUACAUCUCCCUCAUCCAGCACCUCUACCAAGCCAACCUGGGCCCUUCCAGCCAGAUUUCGGCCAUUGGAGAUGCACUCAAGUCUAAGACUUUAGCAGAACUUGAAGCCAUCUUUGCAGACUUGACGGAGGCGUUGGAGCACUCGGCCAGCGAGAAUAACGCGGAUAAAUCCCGUGAUUGGCUGAAGGACAGAUUGCGGGAAAUCGGGACAGAAGCAGGGCUGCUGGGGGAUGCAGAAGUUCCUAUUUCCACCGAUCACUUCCUGCCGAUCUCACUGCCGGUGCCCAAAUGUUACACGUACAGCUGGGACCAGGACAACUUUGAUGUGCUGAAUAAUAUCAUUUUAAAUGAAGGAAACACUAGAGCAACAAGUCUUUCUCCGGAGUAUGAAGUCAAUGAGGAAGACGACGAGGAUGAGGAUGAGGAUGAAGAGGAAUUGGAGGAGGUAGAGGAGGAGGUGAAUAACGAGGGUCACCAACAGGACUCAGUUUUUUCCCAUCAGUCAAGGCGCUUUGUCUAUUGGAACAUACCGAGCAACCUAGAGGGGGAAAUUGCCACCACCAGUCUGCCACCAGACAUAGACAACAGCACAAAGUCCUUUGUAUCUAGCUUGUCCAGCUGCGUGGACAGCGGAUACAUGGAAGACAGCGAUGACAGCUCCCAGGAGAUGUCCGACAAAACAGAGUUCCGAGAAGAAAGGGUCAACCGAAAGUUCACCCAGAAGAUAUGCAAGUUUUUUAAACCACGGAGUAAUGGACCCAAAGCCAAGCUUAAGGCAGAGAUGGGCUAUUCUCCCACCCAUUCACUAAUGGGCUCAAUGUCCAACCUUCAACAGAAUCUCCCCUUGAGGCGAGCAGGAAGCCUGUACACCCCACAAGCCAGAAGAAUACCGGCGCGGUCCAAGAGGUCCCAGUCACUUCCUCAGAAUGCUCUUGGCGCCCAUAUUUGGGAGAUCCAACAGAAUCAGAAGCUAGCCUUAAAGAGAAGACCAUUUUUGAGCUGCAACGAGGACUCCAAAGCAUCAACUUUGAGGGUUGUGGUGUUUGGUUCCGACAGAAUUUCUGGGAAAUUAGCUCGGGCUUACAGCAAUCUAAGGCUGAAGGAAAGCAGCUGUCCCUUGUUAACAAGGUUUUUUAAGCUGCAGUUGUUCUACGUUCCAGUGAAGAGGACCAGUCCUUCUCCGUGUAUAUCACUGACAAGCCCCAGUUCCCCAGUAAAGUCUCCCAGCCCGUCUGGACAGGUCAGCCAAGAGGAUGUGACGGGAGACGAGGAAAGCACUAACGAUAUCUCUCACUACAUCGGGAUGUUGGACCCGUGGUACAAGCGUAAUAUCCAGGGUCUGAUGGACCUCUCCACCCCUGCGCUCUGCCAGCCGUCUACACCUGAAAAUGACUUGGCGGACACACGGAAAAUGCCCAUCCUUGCCGACAUGGUGCUGUAUUAUUGCCGGUUUGCCAAGCGGUCUUUGCUUCUGCAGCUGUACCGAGCCGAGAUCACCUUUGAUGGCGGAAGAAAACAGACCGAAGUCUUCAUCCAGUCUCUGGAGCUUGGUCAUUCUGCGGCUCUAAGAGCCAUCAAAGCUUCAGGACCUGGCUGUAAGAGGCUCGGAAUAGAUGGCGACCGUGAAGCAAUACCGUUUACACUACAAAUUGUCUACAGCAAGUCCAGCGUGAGCGGCCGAAGCCGAUGGAGUGACGGAGAGAAAGUCUGUACGUCAGUCAGCUUGAGGAAAGCAUGCAGUUCGUAUGAGGAACUUGAUGCCAGAAUGGAAUGUCUGAAUCUCACUGUGCGGGAGGUGGUGAAAAGGCAAAACUCCAAGACGAAGAAAAGCUUCAACCAGAUCAGCAUUUCACAAAUCAAAGUAGACAAAGCGCAGAUCAUUGCGCAGAAUGGAGGAACGUUCCCCUUGUGCCUGGACCAGGAUGAGCGCAAGAUUCUUCAGAGGGUCAUCAAGUGUGAGGUUUCGCCGUGCUACAAGCCUGAAAUCAGAGACUUCCGUAAAAUCUACAGGCCGCACUGGUCACAGACGGCUCACGACCAGUUCUGUUCCCUCCUGUGCCUGCCAGUGGCGACGUUCAGCGGUGGUCACCUCUAGAGGGCGGUGUUGGCAACACAGAACCCAUUAACCAUUGACCGCGUCCUCUA